AUGACCUUCUUGAGACAGAUCAGCCGCCACCUCGACCUCGACGACUUGGUCCGCUCCCUGCAGGCUGGCGAGCGGGUUGUAAUCAUGUGUGCCAGCGGUGACACAAUCAGGAACAUCAUGUUAGCUGCUCACCGGCAAGGAAUGACCAAUGGGGACUAUGCUUUCUUCAAUAUUGAACUCUUCAACAGCUCGUCAUAUGGAAAUGGCUCUUGGAAAAGAGGAGACAAACAUGACCUUGAAGCCAAGAAAGCAUACUCAUACCUCCAGACUGUCACUCUGCUAAGAACAGUGAAACCUGAGUUUGAGAAGUUUUCCUUGGAGGUGAAAAGUUCUGUUCAGAAGCAAGGGCUGCAUGAGGAUGAUUAUGUGAACAUGUUUGUGGAAGGAUUCCAUGAUGCUAUUCUUCUUUAUGCUCUAGCUUUACAGGAAGUCCUGAAGUAUGGUUUCAGUAAGAAAGAUGGGGAAAAAAUUGUUCAGCAAACACGGAACAGAACAUAUGAAGGCAUUGCAGGGCAGGUGUCCAUUGAUGCCAAUGGAGACAGAUAUGGGGAUUUCUCUGUGAUUGCAAUGACGGACCCAGAAGCAGGCACACAAGAGGUGAUCGGGGACUACUACGGAAAGCAGGGGCGUUUUGAAAUUCGAUCAAAUGUGAAAUAUCCUUGGAGUCACGGCAGGCUGAGACUAGAUGAAAGCCGUGUUUCAGAGCAUACAAACAAUACACCUUGUAAAUCAUGUGGUCUAGGAGAAUCAGCUGUUACAGGAAUAGUUGUGGGUGCUUUGCUCGGAGCAGGAUUGCUAAUGGCUUUUUACUUUUUCAGAAAGAAAUACAGAAUAACUAUUGAAAGACGAACUCGACAGGAGGAUUGUAACAUGGGGAAACAUCGGCAGUUACGUGAAGACUCCAUUAGAUCUCAUUUUUCUGCUGCAUAAAGAAGAAAAAUAAUCCCAUUCUUCCUGGAAAAAGAGAUUAGGGAAACGGACACAACCAAAGACAUCAGUGUAAAAAGAAGAGGCUCUCGAAGAACUCACUCUUUUGAGCAGUAAUUUUAUCUUAAUUUCUUUCAGAAGCUCAGGAAUGAUUUACUAAUCACAUUAUGCCACAUGGCCUUUCAUCUCAUGAAAAAAGGAAAUGACACAGUUUGAUCUUGUCAGAUGUACCUAAUGUGUAAAGACAAUAUUUCUUAAGGCAUAUACUAAGGGCAGCAGAUUUGGGCUUAGUUGAUGGGGAUGCCUCUUUCUGUUCCCUUCUUUUUGUCUCCUACUGCCUCUUUCCUUAAUGGCAUCUCACUUGUGGGUAUCAAAUGUGGUUUCACAGGCACAAAGGUGUCUGUGGAGGUGCUGCUUUGCUGUCAGAAUGAAAAAAGGGGUUAAUCUGGGGUAUGAUCCUGCAUUGCUGAAUGAUUGCAAUUGAUUACAGGGGAUGCAGGAUUGGAUAUAUGGAGUUCAGUCCUGGAAGGGAACUGGCACUUGAGUGUAAUUAACUCCACUGAGAAAGUGAGGCAGGUGGAAACACACAAGUCCUCCCUUCCUUGUGUGUACAGUAUCGAAGUCAAAAGCACUGAUUCUCCCUCGUAUACACAGGGAGUCAGGAACAGCUCCAGUGAAGGACGUGGAGUUUCACUGGUUUAAAAUAGCAUGGGAGAAGACAAUCAGGCUUCCAGAGAGGACUGGCUAAUUAUUCAGUCUUAUAUGUGUUUUAUCAUGCUCUUUUCUCUCCACUGCUGUCACCUUUCAGAGGAGCAAAUAUAGUCUAUGUAGAGCCUGCUCCUGUUCCAAGUGAAGUCAAUGGCAAAGUCCCAUUAACUUCAGUGAGUACAGGAUUACAUCCAAAAUAUGUAAAUAUAAAAGAUACAGAAGUGUUUGUAUAGCAGAGGCAAUUCACAAGAGGGUCUUUUUGUGUAAAAACAACAUUCCAUGCUAACAUUUUAUUUUUAGGAUAUUUUUUAUCUUGUAUUUUUCUAUUGAAAUAUCUAUUUUUUGCUUCGGUAGGGUUAAAAUCAAGGGGAGUGAAUGUUUUGAAGACAUAUUUUUUAUGAUAGGAGUAACAUGCAGAGAAAGUCAAUAGAUGUAAAUACAUUUUAAAAAUCAGUAUUUGGGGAGGAGAAGGGAGUUCAUGGAUAAUAACAAGCUUUUUGCUCCACUCUGUUCUCCAGGCAUGUGCAACAUGCAAAUAGUUAUUUAACUAGUAUAAAUGUGCUUAUACAAUUGCCUAUAUGAUGGCCCUGAUCCUGAAAAUAAUUAACUUUUCCUAUGUUGGAGAGUCUCACAUUAGUCAGUGAGACUAAUCAUUCAUGUAUGCACAAUUAAACACACAAAGAACUACCUUCGCGACUGGGGUGGUAAAACACUACUGUAGGGCUAACUUUAAUCUUGCUGCCAUCAGUAGUGUUGGGAAUUUUGCCAUUAACUUUAUUGGGAGCAAGACUGAAUCUGUGAUGAAUUAGCUACUAACAGGUUGUUUUACGUUAGACAGAGGAGAGCUCUGCUUUCUAGUCAACAAAUGGAAGCAAACAGUACAUAUUAUAAAUGUGACGAAUAAGACCCAUACAAAUAUUGUUUGAGAAAAUCCAACUGCCAACUGUGGCUAUGAUUCUAAUGCAUGAAAUCUUUUGGUUUAUCCUAUUCUGAUUUCAUAAGCAGAACUUUUUGGUCCCAUAAUUAUUCUUUACAUGAAUGUUAGCCUCAAAACUGGCACUGAAGCCCAUGUUCUACAAAGCUUUUAUAUUCUGAGAAGCCAGAGUGCAAAUUCAGAGAAACUGUUUUGGGGUAGCUGGGAGUGAGUGAAGAGCAAAAGUUGUCUUUAUCUUCCUUCAACUGUCUUUUUUCUGUUAAUGUUAAGUGCAUAGAUCCCAUAGGGUAUUUCCUUGGACUGGUUUCACUAUUUCUUACAUUGCACUGUCUCUUAACAUAUGUAGUGGUUCAUUGCCUGCCCUUUUGAAAUAGUCUAAUGUCCCAAGGCAGGGUUUCUCGAAUUUCAGGGCUGCUUUAGAAUAGGUGAUGGCUGUAGAGCGCGUAGAUGUGGUGGCUUUAGGCCUCGCUGUAGCAGAGCUGUCAUUCAUGUGGUAGAUUCACAUCAUCUCAUUUCCCAAUGUUGACCUACAGUGUAUGACUUCUACAGAGGUGCCUUGGCCAAAGUAACACGUAGGCCGAUGGAUGCUGUUUCCUGGAGUGGCCCCCUUAGACCAUGGGCAACAGAAGGACGUUGAUUAGAGCAGCAGUCAUACUGCUGUAGUGUUGAGGUGGAAAAAAAUACUUUCUAAUUGUUUUUUGGAAUUUUUUUUUCAAGCAGUUGACUUUAUUUACCUUGGG